GCGCUCGCCCUCCGGCCGGGAAGCAUGGGGUCGUCCGGGCUCGUCUGUGCCCUCCUGCUCGCAGCCUGCUGUUGCUGUCGCCGCGCGGCUGGUGUGCCUGGAGAGGCAGAGCCCCCCACCCCGGAGUCCCUGGAGGUGGAAGUUGGCGGCACAGCCCUUCUGAAGUGCGGCCCCUCCCAUUCCCAGGGCAACUUCAGCCACGUGGACUGGUUUUCUAUCCACAAGGAGAAGCGGACUCCCAUCUUCCGCGUGCGCAAAGGCCAGGGCCAGAGUGAGCCCGGGGAGUAUGAGCACCGCCUCAGCCUCCAGGACAAAGGGACUACCCUGGCCCUGACACACGUCACCCCCCACGACGAGCGCAUCUUCCUAUGCCAGGCCAAGCGCCCUCAGUCCCAGGAGCACCGCAUCCAGCUCCACGUCUACAAAGCCCCGGAGGAGCCCACCAUCCAGGUCAAUUCCUUGGGCAUUUCGGUCAACAGUGAGGAGCCUGCGGAGGUCGCCACCUGUGUGGGGAGAAACGGGUACCCCAUCCCUCAAGUCACCUGGUACAAGAACGGGCGGCCCCUGAAGGAGGAGAAGAAACGGGUUCACAUUCAGUCGUCCCAGAUUGUGGAGUCGAGUGGUCUGUACACCUUGCAGAGUGUCCUGAAGGCCCAGCUGGUUAAGGAGGACAAAGAUGCCCAGUUCUACUGCGAGCUCAACUACCGGCUGCCCAGUGGGAACCACAUGAAGGAGUCUAGGGAAGUCAUUGUCCCGGUUUUCUACCCGGCGGAGAAAGUGUGGCUGGAAGUGGAGCCCGUGGGCACGCUGAAGGAGGGGGACCGCGUGGAGGUCAGGUGCUUGGCUGACGGCAACCCCCCGCCCCACUUCACCAUCACCAAGCAGAACCUCAGCACGAAGGAGAUGGAAGAGAAGGUGACCGAAGACAAUGGGCUCCUGGUCUUGGAGUCCGCCCGGAAGGAGCACAGUGGGACCUACCAGUGUCAGGGCCUGGACCUGGACACCAUGGAAUCGCUGCUGAGCGACCCACAGGAGCUGCUGGUCAACUACGUGUCUGAUGUCCGGGUCAGCCCUGCAGCCCCCGAGAGCCAGGAGAGCGGCAGCCUCACGCUGACCUGCGAGGCGGACAGUAACCAAGCCCUUGAGUUCCAGUGGCUGAGAGAAAAGACAGGCCAGCUGCUGCAGAAGGGGCCCACGCUCCAGCUACGCGACCUGCGGCGAGACGCGGCGGGAGGCUACCGCUGCGUGGCCUCCGUGCCCGGCGUCCCGGGCCUGAACCGCACUCGGCUGGUCCACGUGGCCGUGUUUGGGUCCCCGUGGAUGACACUGAGGGAGAGGAAGAUGUGGGUGAAAGAGAACACGGUGUUGAACCUGUCCUGCGAAGCGUCGGGGCAUCCCCGGCCCUCCAUCUCCUGGAGCGUGGCCGGCAUGGCACACGAACAAGACCAAGACCCGCAGAGCGUCCUGAGUGUCCUGAAUGUCCUCGUGACCCCAGAGCUGUUGGAGACGGGUGCUGAGUGUGUGGCCUCCAACUCCCUGGGCAGAAACACCACCACCAUUUUCCUGGAGCUGGACUCCAACAGGACCGCGGGCCCCAGCGCCUCCACCACCAGUCCUCCCGCCAGAGCCAACGGCACCUCCACAGAGAAGAAGCUGCCGGAGCCCGAAAGCAAGGGCGUGGCCAUCGUGGCGGUGACCGUGUGCCUUCUGGCCCUGGCCGUGCUGGGUGCCGUUCUCUACUUCUUCUACAAGAAGGGCAAGCUCCCGUGCGGGCGGUCGGGCAAGCAGGAGAUCACGCUGCCCCCGUCUCGUAAGAGCGAAUUUGUAGUUGAAGUUAAGUCAGAUAAGCUCCCAGAAGAGACGGGCCUCCUGCAGGGCAGCGCCGGUGACCAGAGGGCUCCCGGAGACCAGGGAGAGAAAUACAUCGAUCUGAGGCACUAGCCUGCUAAUCACACUGAGUGCCCUUCCCGGCCAGAACAUUUCCUGCUUCUCCCUCCCAACACUCAGGAUGAUGGCCAACGCCUCUGACGCGGGCCGCCGAGAAGGCCCCCUGGCCUCCAGCUGGCCUGCAGCCCCCACGUCCAAGGGCGGAGCUGUCCCCGAGGUCUCACUCGGUUGGUGCAGCUCCUCCCAGGAGGGACGGAGGGUCCAGCAGGCUGUGCUCUCUCUAUACAUACUGGGGGUGGACAUACCUGUUUUCUACCAGCAGCCAGAUGAGGUCGCCUAUUUAUCUUGAGCUGGCUUCCUGCCCCAAAGGCUGGCCUGGUCAUUCAGUUUGUCACUGAAGUGACGCUGCUCACACCGGUGCUGGGGAGCAGCCCGCAUUCAUUACAAGCAGCUGCCGGCCUCGGGAGGCCCUUUUGUGACCCCCCCCCCCCUUUCUCUGGGAAGAAGCCGGGACUGGGGUCACUCCUCCUCCACGUGGCGGGUGUGUGCUGUCCCUGCACGGAAGCUGAGCAGCUUGUGCCCAAACCCCCUGCAUUAAUCCGGCUCCCACUGCCCUCUCAAGGCGUCACUCACGUAAGGCUGGAAAGGGGGGUUAAGGGACAGGGAUGAGGUCCAGACCGUCCUGCACGAUGACUGGUGCCAGCAAACUUCUACGAACAGCUCAUGGGCUUAGACCCUGGGAGAAGGUCCCGCCCUGAUCGGAGAAUGGUACUUAGGGACGAGAAGCCGGCCUGGCUAGAGCACUUUGGGGGGGGGGGGGGGGGGGUGCGCCUGUAUAUAUGUGUGCUUUUGUCAGGUUGUGUAUAAAUUUGCAGAUUUCCUUUAUAUGUAUGUGUGUGUGUAUAUAUAUAGAUAUAUAUAUAUAUAUGCAAGAAAAAUAAAGCUGAACUGUCCA